GUUAGAGUGAGUUGUGGUGCAAAACAAAAACAUUUUGCAUUCAACUUAUAAGCCGUGCGUUGAGUGCAGUGCUAUCGCAGAGACUGUGAGAGUGAGACACACACUGACUGUCUGUAUGCCUGCAAACACCACAAGUGAUGCAAAUAUGCGGUCAAUACUAGCCAUUCAUAUGUCGAUGACUAUCACCACUGUGGCCAUCAUCUGGUGAUCACCACAACACACAUAUGAACGACACGCCACUGCAUCUCAUUCUUGUCGUGCUAUUCGUUUGAGUCGUAUAUUGUUUUCGUGAAGACACGACUGUCCACUCUUGAGAUCUACUUAAGACUUGGAGUGCAAUCUGAUUGUGAGCCAGAAGUGAUCGCAUACCGGAUCCGCACCACACAAUCGGUGUGCGCCACCUCUUGAAGACUACCGCCGCCUCUGACGGGUGUUGGUUGUGGACACGGAUUGCGAGCGAAGCGGAGGAAUGGGAGAGAACAGCAACUCUUCGACGACCAACUCGUCCAACAACAACGUGUCGAUGCAGUCGACCGCCGACUACUUGGCCCAACUGCUCAAAGAUAGGAAACAGUUGACAGCCUUUCCCAACGUAUUCCUCCACAUCGAGCGACUCCUCGAUGAAGAUGUCUUUGCGAGUGGUAUGUGGAGUGCUGUAUGUGUGUUGAUCCGCGCCAUCGCUUGUCUCGCAUAGAUCAAUAAAGUGAGGCAAAACUUAUUUCAAAUCAAUGGCGUCGAGAAGAAGCCGUUAGCCCUUCCCGAGGCUGACGGGCCGGCCGUUUCCCGUCAGGAGAAAGUCUACGUGCCGGUUGAUGAGCACCCAGAGUAUAAUUUUGUGGGCAGAAUACUGGGCCCCAGAGGUAUGACAGCCAAACAGUUGGAACAGGAGACGGGCUGUAAGAUAAUGGUUCGCGGAAGGGGUUCAAUGAGGGAUAAGAAAAAGGAAGAGGCGAACCGAGGCAAACCUAAUUGGGAGCACCUGAACGACAAGCUCCAUGUGCUCAUCACCGUCGAGGACUCCAACAAUAGGGCCAGCGUUAAGAUCCAGAGAGCGAUCGACGAGAUUAAGAAACUCCUGAUACCGAUUACUGACGGUGAGGACGAGCUUAAGAAACGGCAGCUCAUGGAACUGGCGAUCAUUAACGGCACGUAUAGGGACAGCAGUCAACGUAAUAGUAGUAAGUCUCACAGCUUUUCAGUAGAUCUAUGGUUCUUU